GUUAUUUACUUACUCUAUUUUAUUUUAUUUUUGGGGGGGAAUUUUUUGGAAAAUGGUAAAAAAAAAAAAAUUUAAUGAGUUGAAAUGGUUGGUGUUAGAAUUUUUCAAAUCGGUCAAGACAUAGUAAGUAACAUGUUGAAUUGAGAAAUGGUAUUCUGGAAUUUCUGAAAAACUGGGAAUUUUUUCAGUUCAAAAAACAACUUUGUUUUUUUGUCUUGAUUAAGAGGAAUGUUUUGACGGUGGAACGAUUGAAAUGUGUUGAAAAAUGUGGAAGGAGUAGUCGCCAGAAAAAAGGGUGAAAAAUACGGCUUUGGAAAACCAGGAAUUCUGGAAAAUCCUGGAACUUUUUUGAACUUGGAAAAAGGGCAGUUUGAAUUUCCAGGAUGGUGCAAUGUGUUGACGGUGGAAUGGUUUGAAUCGGUUGAAAAAUUUGGAAAUGGUGGAAGUUUGAAAAAAUGUCCGGGAAAACCUGGAAUUCUGGGAAUUUUGGGAAUUUGUCAUGGGUAAAGCCCGUGAUUCCCGAAUAGGCUGAACAGUUUGAAGUUGGAACGGUUUGAAUCGGAUGAAAAAUGUGGAAGGUAGAUCACGCCAAAAUCUAGAGAAGAAGAAGAAUAAAUAGAUGAAUUUUGGUGUAGAAAACAUUAAUUCCAUGAAUUGAUUAACGUGGACCAAUUUAAACAAGUUCAAAAACGUAUUCGGGUGUUACCAUUUAGUGGUCAAUUGUACGGAAUAUGUACUGUACUGUGCAAUCUACUAAUACAAGUUUCAAUCAAUCAAUGCUUUGGAGCAUUCACACAACUAAGAUCAUUUAGCAACCUCCACAACGGUAAAAAAUACUACUCAUUAAAACUAAACUUUUUGUUUUUUUAAACAGCUCUUGUAUUGUUGUUCCUAAUGUUGUGUCUGAUGAGUGUAUCAUUGAUGGCAUAACAAGUGAAUGUCUCUUCAGAAUAAAAGAAAAAGAUAAAAGCACCUGCAGGCUGCAGCAGUGUGCACGUCCACAGCAAGAUGAUCUACAUAAUCAUGGGCGUGUCGGGCUGUGGGAAAAGCUCUUUAGGAGCCUUCCUAUCAGAAAAGCUCGGUUGGCCUCUACAUGAAGGCGACCGCUUCCACCCCGAGGAGAAUGUGGCCAAGAUGGCUCGGGGAGAAGCCCUCACAGAUCAGGAUAGAUUCCCUUGGCUUCUUAGACUACAUGAAGCCAUAAAAAGUGAAAGACGUUCCGGCUCCAACGCAUUGGUGGCGUGCUCCGCCUUGAAGCGCCUCUACAGACUCAUCCUCCUCCAUGGCUCCAAAGCCCUCCCGUCCUCCUCAUGUUCACCCCCAGAACCAGGCCAGGAACAUCAUGGCUUUCCCCCCUCCCUCCCGGACGUCUACUUUCUCUUCCUGCAUGCAGACUACCACGUCCUCCAACGAAGGAUAGAGGCCAGGAAGGGACACUACAUGAAGGCAGACCUGCUGGGCUCCCAGUUUGAUGCUUUGGAGCCACCUUUGGAGGGGCAGGAGAAGAACGUGGUGCUGCUGGAUGGCGGCAGGAGCAUCUCUGACAUGGCCGUGGAGGUGGAGAAGCACCUCAGCAGCCACGCAGGCGGAGGACACGAGGAAAAACUUUAGAGGCCAUAAAAAUUUUGAAGCUAAUUUUUACACCCUUUGUUUAAAUGAAGUUACCUCACCUUUCAUCUACAUUAUUAGAAACAAUUAUUUGUAUAUAUUUAUAUUACAAUGUAUUCUGACAAUAUGGAAAAUAUUAGGAUGUUGACAUUUAAUUCAGACUUAGUAUUAGAGAGCUUGAAUUUGUUAUAUUAUUAUAAUGUACAAUAUUCAUAAAUAAUUUCAUUUGCUUCUUUAUUUAAAGAUUUGAUUAAAGAAGUUUACAAGCUGGGACGAAAACAAUUUAAAUGUAUUAUGUAUUUACGACACAUUCAUUUUUAAAAUAGAAUGUUAUUUGUAUUAAUUAUAUUG